AGACGCCCCUACACCGACCGAGAGAAAAUCCAUUUGAGCGAGGCUCGCCAGGUAUACAGAGUCUACGAGAAAAUCUACACCCUUGUCCCGUGGGACCCGCAUAGCAAUCGAGCUUUCGAUCCCAAAGUCGACCUCAGGAUGGAAGAAGACGACGAUGAAUUCUAUGGGCCGGAAAGUUCCAAUGCUAUCGGCGGCGACCAAACUGAGGCCAGGCAGGGCGCGUCCAAUGGGCCAGCGGCAGAUAAAGACGACACUUUAGACGCAGAGCUCGAGUCCGGGGAGGAGGAGGAAGAGGAAGAGGAAGAGGAGAGCGACUCGGACAUCGAGAUAAUCACAGACCGGCCCCAAGAGGAAGAAUCAAAGCCCACAACAAAAGCUGCCGCCGAGUCGACCAAGGAAGCAUCACGGGCGCCCGCUGAGCCCUCUUCAACUCGCACAGCGCAGCAACAAGGAAGCGCCGCAAAGGCCUCUCUAGCGACUCCCACAGCUCCCGGCGUACCCCAACAACUAGGAACCAGCUUCCCAGAAGUCCGCACGUCUACAAUAGACGUCAACGCCGACCCCAUUUACCCGCCCGUUGGCAAAACCGUCUCCCAAAUCGACAUCGAUGCAGACCUCGCCGAAAGCACCAAGCCCUGGCGGCUCCCCGGCGCCGACCAGUCCGACUACUUCAACUACGGCUUCGACGAGUUCACGUGGGAGAUGUACCGCCAGAAGCAGGCGUCCAUGGCCUCGACGCUGACGGCGCAGAAAGCCGAAACUGAGCAGUUCCAGCGCAUGUUCGGUGCCGCACCCAUGCCUCCAAACUCCAGCGCGGCGCCUCCCGUUCCCGGCGCGCCCACUGGCCCUGCGGCGCAGAAUAACCCUAUGGCAGCGAUGGGAGGGAUGGGUGGUAUGGGCGGAAUGAUGGGCAUGAAUGAGGAGCAAAUGAUGCAGGCAAUGCAGGCGGCUAUGAUGCAGCAAGGUGUCACGGAUCCGUCGCAAUUAGAUUUCAACGCGUUCAUGGCGAGCAUGGGACAGGGAAUGCCAGGACAGCAGCAGCCGCCUCAGCAGCAGGCGAACCAGGGGUAUGGCCAGCCGAAUCAAUCGGGGUACGGAAACUACGGGCAAGGACAAGGCGGUGGAGGGAACUAUGGCGGUGGUGGGAGGGGUGGAGGGGGGAGACGAGGGGGGAGGUGGUAGGUUGGUACUAAGGUGGAUAUCGUCUGCAUAAAAGGGCGUUUUGGCUUUGGGCUGUAGGAUACCUAUGGGCU